AUGCCGGUCCCACCGCCUCCGCCUCCGCCUCCACCACCACCGCCGCCACCGCCGCCGCCGGCCAACUCCGGAGGGCCCAGCGCCAGCGUUGGCGGUGCUGCCGCCGCCGUCUUUGCAGAGAUCUGCCAAGGCGGUGACAACAUCACCGCGCGUCUGCGUCACGUGACGGAUGACCAAAAGAUGUAUAAACAGAACAUUCGGCACGGUGAAGUCGACAUGAGUGAGCUGGAGCACAAAAAAGCAGCCGCCGAAGAACGUCGUCGUGCACAGCAGCGAACCGAGAGCACCACCGGAGAGGAGGCGGCGCAGCCGCCGGUGCUGACGUUAGAGGGGGACAAGCGGUGGGUCGUCAAGCACCAAGCCGGCAGUCCAGCGGUGCAGCUGCAGCUGGUGCUCGACAAGGCAGAGAUGCGCCACGCCGUUCGUAUCGAGAAUUGCCAUCACGCCUACAUCACGAUCACCAACAAGGUUAAUUCCGUGAGUAUCGUCAACUGCACCAAGGUGCAGGUGGCUCUGCAGGUCAUCGUGUCCUCGCUCGAGGUGCUCGGCUGCGCUGACGUCGACGUGCAAGUGGCGCAGGCGGCGCCAACCAUCGACAUUGAGCGAUCUACGAGUGUGAACGUAUACCUGCUUGACAAGGAUGAGGCGAGAAACACCGAGAUUGUCACGGCGUGCAGCUCCACCGUCAACGUUCUCUUCCCCUCGGAGAAGGAGGAGGACAUUGUCGAGCGUGCCAUCCCGGAGCAGUUCGUCACGCGCAUCGUUCCAGACGGCAAGGGAGGCCACAAGCUCUGUACGAAGCCAAGUGAAUCCUUCUAA